UGCAAUAGGCCGCGCGAGUGCCCGCACCGCCUCUCGUCCCUCUUCCAUCGAGUGGCCUGCCUUGUCCUUGCUGCCCUGUUCUUGCGUCCUGCCUGCACUUGCGGUCUCGUCUUUGCAGCCUGCUCUUCUCGACGAAAAAUAAAACUGCCUCGCCCGACUCCCGACGCGGUGGCCCGAGCGCGAAAAAUAGAAAAGAAAGGGGCGCGCGCCUGUGUGUGUCGUGCGUUGGUCGAGAAAUCUACCUAGCACAACCAGUGGACGGCAGGGCAAGGCCAGGCAAGAACACACCAUCCCAUCUGACUGGCCAUGGCAGCAAUGACGACUGCCACUGCCACUGCAACAACAACAGCAGCCGCGCCAAAGGAAAAGGCCGACCGGUGGGCGCGCCGAUACGUGGCGGGCCUCGAAGCAAGUUCAUACUCACCGUCGUCGCCAUCGCUCUCGUCCCCGUCGCUCUCGCCCAGCAAAAAGGGCCGGCUCGGCUUCGGCGUCGUGCCCCAGUCCAUUGCGCGGGACCUCAAGACAUCAAACAGCAGCAAUGUCGCCAGUGCGGCGUCGGGCCCCAUCGUGCAGUCACACGACGGCACGCUGGCCAAGGUGUAUGGCACGCUGCUCGAGCCGCAGGAGGCGCGCGAGCAGCAAUGGCGCUGCGCCGGCUGCCACGCCUCGUUCCCCCGCGACGCCACGCUGUACCUUGCGCCGAGGCGGGCUGGAGGAACGUCAGGACCAGGAGUGGGAAAUGGAUCAGGAACAGGACCGGGAGCAAGAGCAGAGGCAGCAGCAGCACCCGGCGAGGCCUUCUGCCGGCCGUGCUACGAGAAGCGCUUCGCCCUGGGACGGUGCCCUGGCUGCGACGGCGUCGUGCUCGGCUCGACCAAGGAGCAGGGCACCUUUGUCAAGACGAGCGAGGGCAACCUCUGGCACGGCAAGUGCUGGGCCACAUGCGCCCACUGCGGCCAGGUGGCCGCGACGGCGGCAGCCAACGACAUCGUCGAGGGCAUCCUCGAUGGCCUGCCCACGUGCAUGUCCUGCUUCGACGACGGGCCCCGUCGCGCCCAGUCGAAGACGAGCACGAACACGAAGACGAAUACGAAGACGACGCCGGCAGCGGCAGCAAAAGUCACGAACGACCAGCGUCGCCAUCCAAGCCCCGGCCACUCACCGCACAGUUCUCGGGCUCCUCCUUUGAUCUCGGCCGAUUCGUCCCCUCGUCGAGCAGCAGCAGCAGCAGCAUUAGCAGCGCCGACACUGGGCUCACAAGGAGCGACUCGCGCGGCAGAUCCAUCGUCCGUGACAGCCGCACCGCUUCCCAGCAGCUGCUGAACAACGACAAGAACAAGGAGCAGGAACACCGCUGCCAUCGCUGCGGCAAGGGGCCCUUUGACGAACAAGAGGGCCAGACAACAACGACGCAUACAGACGCCGGCACAUCGCAAUGCUCAACCAUGCUCGCCCUCAGCGGCGGCACACUCUUCUUCCACCCCGCCUGCUUCUGCUGCGCCGUCUGCCAGCGGCCCAUCCCGGGCACCGCCAGCUUCGCCAGCCUCGGCGAGCAGCGCUAUGCCCACCACGGCUGCGCG